AUGGGGGCGCUACCUUCGAGUUACAGUUUUCCUUAUUCCCACGAAUUAUUGAUCCCGUCUAGAAAUACGAUCAUCGCUUAAAUCCUGUGUCUCUCCUGUUAAUACUUUCAGGAAAAUUACUUCAUUAGAAUAUUCUCACAUCGAUCCAACUUUCCUGUUCUAUUUCUCAAAGAUUUAUUCCCGUUUUGUGAGAAUUUCUCUACAAAUGCCAGCGCACAUUGAAAACUAAAAUUCUUUUCCGUUAUUCAGCGCACUAUUUGUCGCUUAAUUUCACCUUUUAUCUGAGUAAAGAAUCGGGAAAAUUGGUAUUCAUCCGCCUGAAACAGCUGCAUGAUUCGAAAUCACCUUCAAAGGGGUAGCCAAGUCUUGAAAUCAGAUUCAAGGCUGGUAUCCCUGAAAUAAUUUGGCAGACAGAUGGAAGAACACCAAAUAGAAGAAGCAUCAAUGGUUACGAAAACAGCAUAACAACUAACUUAAGAAGUCAAAAUUUACCAUACAAUGGAACAUAGUAAAAGUUAAUUUACAGGUAAACUAACACUUAAACUUCCAUCAUGGUUGAAAUGAAAGGAUUGGAAGAUAACAGGGCUGUACCCAGGCCCUUGGACACAGAUGGUUAUGUACCACCACCAGAUUCAAACGAUCCUCGUGCCAGAAGUGGACCAGGUUCUAAGAAAGACAUCAUCGACAAUGUGUGUUCUUCAUUCAAUCAAGACCUUCUAAUUGCCAAAACAUUUUAUUUCUUUUUCUUUUCUGCUUUUGGCUCUCUUUUUCCUCUUUUGGCUGUUUAUUUCAAACAGAUGGGCAUGAAUCCAACGCAAAGUGGUUUCUUAAUUGGCGUUCGACCUUUUGUGGAGUUCCUGGCUGCCCCAUUCUGGGGCAGUAUGGCAGAUAGAUUUCGGAAAGGUAAAAUAAUGUUACUGUUUUCCCUGCUGUCCUGGAUUGUCUUCACUUUAGCGCUGGCAUUCAUUCAACCGCCUGCCUCAUCAUGUGUAAUUUACAACAACACUCACCACGUUCUUUUCAUUCCCGACAAAUCAGAAACAGGACGGGCUAAAAGAUCUGUAUCUCUAGACCUUAGCGACUACGAUCCCAUCUACGAAGACCAAGAACUCAUAGAUCAAGUUUUGGCAUACGAGGCCUCUAAAAGCAGGGACAGAUAUUCAUAUCUUCAAGAACCUAACUCCACCGACGAGGACAUCAUCGACAGCUUAGAUGAAAACGAAAUAGGAAAUUGGCUGAUGGGCAUCAGAAAAAGACGCGAAAAGGAAACCGAAGCUGCCAAGGAAGAUAAAAAACCAGCCAAACUGAAACCUAAAGACAAAGAUUAUCCUUCAUACGUUGUUGGACAGUCACCAAAUUCUGUAGAAUUUACUCUAAAUUACAACAAAGAUCAGCAUACUUCAUAUGUUUCGCCACGUUUUAGUUCCAUAGUUUACAAAUGGGAAGAUGUGCAGGAGGUAUUCUUCCUACUCGUCCUUUUGAUAGUACUUGGCGAGUUUUUUAGUGCUCCUGCCAUUACCCUCGCAGAUUCAGCUACAAUAUCAUACUUGGCUGAUAAUGCAGAUAAUUACGGAAAACAAAGAAUGUUUGGUUCACUAGGAUGGGGCUUGGCCAUGUUCUUCGUGGGCAUAGCACUAGAUCAAUCUACUGCAUUUCCUGAUCAUCCCUGCGGGCCACAUGAAAGAGAACGGAAUUACACCAUUUGUUUUGCCACUUUCUCCGUUCUAAUGGGAUGUGCACUGAUAGCUGCCACGCAAUUGAAAUUCGAAUAUGAGGUGAUUGAGGAUCAGGUGUCUAUGAAAACGAUAAUACAAAAUGGCGCUCAACCUCAAGUAAAAGGUAGUGGUUUACCAAGUUUUCUCACUGAAGGAACGGUUAUGGAUGAUUCACCAAUACCAAUACCACCUCCUCAGAAGCCUGAAGAAACGGCUCCAAAGAGCACAGUUUUUGCCCAAACAACUCGACAGCUUCCUGAGUGGCUAUCAGUCUUAAGAACAUUCGCCAAUUUGAGAUAUGGAGCUUUUUUGUAUGUGACAUGGUUCAUGGGAUUUGGCAUUGGAUUGGUCUUCACUUUUCUGUUUUGGCAUUUACAAGACCUAGGAGGUACGCCAACUCUGUUUGGCGUGGCUUCUGUCAUCAAUCACAUCUCAGAGAUAUUCGCUUAUUUCUUCAGUUUCAAAUUCAUUCGACAAAUAGGACACACAAAGGUUUUGUGUAUAGGUCUUAUUGGAAAUAUAGGCAGGUUUCUAUACAUCUCUUGGUUGAAGAACCCUUGGUGGGUUUUACCCUUUGAAUUUAUACAAGGUAUCACACAUGCAGCAGUGUGGGCUGCAUGCUGCUCUUACAUUACUCAGGCUACACCUGCUAACCUGAGAUCAUCAGCUCAGGGAGUGCUGCAAGGACUCCAUCAUGGGUUGGGCAGAGGAUGCGGUGCUGUUAUCGGUGGAAUAUUUGUCAAUUACUUCGGUACUCAAGUAACUUUCCGAGGAUACGGGUUUGCAAGUUUAAUAGUUCUCAUAUUGUUUGUGUUUAUUAACUACUAUAGAAAAGACAAGGGAUUCGCCUCAUUUCAAGAUGACCAGGAACCGGACACUGUUGUAGAAGAAACUGCACAUUUAGCACCACAUGGUGUUCCAUCUAACCCAAUGGCCAGGUCUCUUUCAAAACAAAACAUUGGAGGUCCUAGAGCUGGAACGAAUAACAACGAAGGCGGCUAUGGAACUGCUAGUCCGAAUCGGAACGCCACAACAGGUGGAUACUUGGGAGUUCCUGGUGGAGGAGAUAAUGGUGGAGGCUAUUCAGUGGAAGGGCAGAAUUAUACUUCUGACUUCAACAUGAAUAAAACUCCUCUGGUAAAUCCCGUAGAAUCUGGAGGUGCACUGACAAGAAGAGCUUUGGCGGCGGUGUUUAAUCCAAAGGGAAUUUUGGCUCAAGCAGCCAGUCCUGAGGGCUGCUAUCCAUAUGAAUUCAUAAGAAGGGACUUCCAGGCUUACGACGAAGUCCAAACUUUUACACAAAAGCCGAAUGAUGAAGAUGGAGCCAAAUACGAUGUACUGGUGGGCCCAGCACCCAAGACAAAGCUCUACAGUCCUCAGCCUGAAAACCAUAACGAGAUCGCCUACGAUUGGUAGCUUAAUUUCUUUUUCAUGACGCCGCCUCUUAAGGAGUGUGAUAUUUUAGAAAAACAGAACUGACAUACAAGGACUGAUUACAAGUGAAAACGCGUUUGUAACCAUUAUCCUACUUGGCAUAAUUAAUAGCUUAUAAUUGAUGGAAUCGUGGGUGGGUUGUCAUAAAACGGAAUCACUUGUUCGACACACGGCAGUAGUGGUGGAAGCAGAAGAGCGUAACCAACCGUUGAAGAGGGUAUAAUAUGUAAACUAUAUAUAAACAAAGGCUGCUGAGCAGAAAGCCACAAGUCGAGCAAGUCAUAACGCCACUCCUGUCGUAUUCUCUAGACAGUUGAAAAAACUAAUAUUGAAACAUGUUACUAAAAACUAUUGAAAUUACCGCAGAAUUUGGUUGCUCAGUUAAAAAAAAAUGCUCACAUUAAAAUGUAUAAAAUAAGAAAUAUCAGGUACAUCCAACUGAUUAAAAACACCCUUAUGACAACCUCUAUCUUUACAAACCAAAAAAUAUAAGUUUUCAUAAAUCCCAAUUAAUAUUCAAGGUCUCUAUGUAUGGUUAUAAGUUUAUAGAGUUUAAAAGUAUAGGUAUCAAAUGUGUAUUUGUUUUGAAUUAAAUUUAAACUAAGCACUGUAUUGUACAGGAUUUAAAAAAAAACUAAACAAAAAGUACCUGAUUAUAUAAAAAUUAAUUAUAUACUUGAAAUUUGUUAAUAGAAAUUUUAAUUUAACAAAUAUUUUUCUAUUUUUGUAAAAAAAAAGUUAUUGAAAUUCAGCAAGUUGUACAUAAUUAAUUAGUCAAGGAUUUUGUUCAUGCAAGGUACAAAAUUAUACAACAGGUACAAUAUUAGUAUACUAAUAUUUCGUUAGAUGUUGCCAGACACUUUGGAUGAUAAGUUAUUGCCAAAAACUGUGGUAGCUCUACUCUGGUAAUGUCAGGAAAUAAAUGAAAUAAUUAUAAAAAAUAUAAUUGUUUUGUUUUCUUAAUUAUGAAGCUCAGAGUACACAGAGUUAUUUGAUUAAUUACUAAAAGCAAUUACUAAUAGCUGUUUUAUAAAUAAUUAUAAUUUAAUAAUGUUUAAUGUAUAAAACAAAAAUUGGCUCACGUAAAAAACUUUCUAGGGCUACUUAGAGAAGCAGCACAUCCCUGAAAAGAAGUAUUCAAGAGAAAUAAAAUUUUAAAAAAAGGGAAAGAUUACGAUAAAGAGAAUCCUUUUUAAUAUUUAACAGAAUUUUAAACGUAAUCAUUUGAAAAGAAGAUUAAAUUUUUCCAUUAAGUAGCUAAUAUCAAACUAUUUCCUAAAAAAUAAUAAAAAUGUCUGAUUGCAUAUUAGAAAAAUUAAAAAGCUUAAACAACAGUGGUAAAAUCACCAAGAAAUUCUUUUCAAAUUAUAAACAUUACGAAAAAUAUUUUAUAAAAAUCAAUUUGAAUAAAAAUUAUGAAGAAAAUAGUUACAAAUUAAUAGAAAAUUUAACCAAACUAAUAAUAAU